AUGGACACUGCAAUGGAAUGGCGCGUCUACCACUUCUUCUCCCGAUGCAAGGCAGCAUGGAGUGCAUACUCCGAUGACAAAGUGAACUGGAUUGAUGACAAGGAGAGGCAAGAGUGGUGGAAAUUAAGGAUCCUGCAUGAAACUAACCGUCUUUGCAUGGAAGUUGGGAAAGCGUACUGCUUGGGUGGAGUACUUGACCUACUGCCAUGGGCACCUGCUUUAUUGAAUGCAACAAAUCCUGCAAGAUGGAUUAUAAAACCACUCAGCCCCGUGGUAUUGAGAGCACAAUACGGGCCCAAAGACCAGGCACCCAUUCUGGCGAGCUAUGAGGCCGACUGGUGGAAUUCUGUGGGCACCAGCGGUGAGAAUGAGAAAAAGGUAUCGAAGGUGCAUUCGGAUGAGGAGGAAAGAGCUUUUUGUAAGUGGAUCGAAGCCAUGGGACAGCCAUACUGUGAACCCAACAUGGAAGUUGAGGACGAUGAGGCUGGCAUUCCAGUUCUGCCAGUGCAUGCGGCCACAGCAGCAGCAAAGGUUCAUGGCGGACAGAUGUGGGUCCAACACCUCUUUUUUCAUGGUCACAUGGAACAAGACCAGCUCCAAAACAACAUAGAGGCCAUUGAGAUUUUGAUGGACCACCUACAUCAACGGGAGAUUCGCUUGCAGCCCGUCGGUCCCAUACCCCCAGGUCCUUGGCAGGAUGCUGGGGUGCUCUGCACGGGCGCCAUCGCCCCUUACUUUGAAGAGCAACCUGAAGAUGAAGAGCAACCAGAAUACCAACCUUCUCCUGUGUCCUCCAUGGGCUUGAGUUGGGCAGCAUCAGGAGACUCCAGCACUGGUGACUCUGCAAGUCAUUAUGGUUGGCCUGGCUUCAGAGAGGCGCAGCCAGGUGGUAGUGAGGGAGAUGAAGAUGGAUCUGGGCUGAUGGAUCUUGAUGAGGGUGACUCUUGA